AGAUUUGUAUAUAAGCUGAGCGCGAGCACAUUCUCGUUGCAGACACUAGUUGUCAAAAAUUAAGGUUGACGAUACUUAUCAAAUCUUAUUAAAAAACCGAAAACUCAGUAAAUAUGCGUGAAAUUGUUCAUAUCCAAGCCGGACAGUGCGGAAACCAAAUCGGAGCCAAGGUAAAUUUCUACUUUAUUUAAUUUUUUUACGAAUGCCGGUCGGCAUGAUUAACAUUUUGUUAUUUUUUCAACAGUUCUGGGAAGUUAUCUCUGAUGAACAUGGCAUCGACCCAACUGGCACAUAUCACGGCGACUCUGAUUUGCAGUUGGAGAGAAUCAACGUUUAUUACAAUGAAGCCACAGGCGGUAAAUAUGUCCCAAGAGCCAUCCUAGUCGAUUUGGAACCCGGUACCAUGGACUCUGUCCGUUCCGGACCUUUUGGACAAGUUUUCCGUCCAGAUAACUUCGUCUUCGGCCAAAGUGGUGCCGGAAACAACUGGGCUAAAGGCCAUUAUACAGAAGGUGCAGAACUUAUCGACUCAGUUUUGGAUGUAGUCCGAAAGGAGGCCGAAAGCUGCGAUUGUCUCCAAGGCUUUCAAUUAACGCAUUCUUUGGGUGGUGGAACCGGUUCCGGUAUGGGUACCCUUUUAAUCUCAAAAAUCAGAGAAGAAUACCCCGACAGAAUAAUGAAUACCUUCUCUGUUGUACCAUCUCCAAAGGUAUCAGAUACCGUUGUUGAACCAUACAAUGCCACCCUAUCCGUUCACCAACUCGUUGAGAACACCGACGAAACAUACUGUAUCGAUAAUGAAGCUUUGUACGAUAUCUGCUUCAGAACAUUGAAACUUACUACCCCAACAUACGGUGAUCUCAAUCAUUUGGUGUCUGCCACCAUGUCAGGCGUGACAACCUGUCUUCGAUUCCCUGGUCAGUUGAACGCUGACUUAAGAAAAUUGGCCGUAAACAUGGUUCCAUUCCCCCGUUUGCACUUCUUCAUGCCCGGCUUCGCACCUUUGACUAGCCGUGGAAGCCAACAAUACAGAGCAUUGACCGUUCCAGAGCUUACUCAACAAAUGUUCGAUGCUAAAAACAUGAUGGCUGCAUGCGAUCCCCGUCAUGGCAGAUACCUCACCGUUGCCGCCAUGUUCAGAGGACGUAUGUCCAUGAAGGAAGUUGAUGAACAAAUGUUGAAUGUACAAAACAAGAACAGCAGCUACUUCGUUGAAUGGAUCCCCAACAACGUUAAGACCGCUGUCUGCGAUAUCCCACCAAGAGGAUUGAAGAUGUCUGCUACCUUCAUCGGUAACAGCACCGCCAUCCAAGAACUAUUCAAGCGUGUAUCUGAACAAUUCACAGCUAUGUUCAGAAGAAAGGCUUUCUUGCAUUGGUACACUGGUGAAGGCAUGGACGAAAUGGAAUUCACUGAAGCCGAAUCCAACAUGAACGACUUGGUCUCUGAAUACCAACAAUAUCAAGAUGCCACCGCCGAAGAAGAAGGUGAAUUCGAUGAAGAGGAAGAGGGUGAUGAACAAGCCGCAUAAACAUUUAUUUAAAUGAAUAUGUGAAGAGUGUCGGCUGUAUCUUUUGUAAAUACACGUCGGCUCAUUUGAGGAAACUUGUUAUUUUAAAUAAAAUUUUAAUAAAAAUAGGCUAAGAACCU